AUGUACGGCUUCCGCUCUCGCGCCGCGUCGAGGAACGUUCUGCUCGUCCCCGUCAGCGAAUCAUUGAUUGGAUCGCGCGAUCGCGAGUCGUCCUUAUUCUACUCCGACCUUGUCGUUUCAGAAGAGUUCCUAGGCAGCCAUACCUUGCGAAUACCGGCCUCCGGUGGAGUAGGAGGGAAGGACGAUCCAAACGUACGUGAUGGUAGAGGCAAAGCGAAGCAAGUCACCACUGCCAAUGGGAGGACUGUGAUCAUCAGGGACAAUUCGGUAUACAGUAACAAGGGUGAGGGCGCCGUGAUGGUCAUCUGUGUGUCAAUAUGCUCAUCGAACCUAGGUUUCAAGUCGCUGAGCCAGGCACAGCUAAUCUCCGACGCUCUAUAUUAUGCUCCGACCAGCGAGUCACAGCCAUGGCUUAUCUACUUCAUCUCGAGACCUCUGGUCGGUUCUUUCGAGCCCGCGAAAAUCAUCCCCGCGGUAGUUCCUGGAACAGCCUUCAGAAAUGACCCUUCACAAGCCAACGCUAAAUCUAGCGAAACAGCCGGUUCUGUCUCGACGCCUCCGAAGAAAGAGAUCAAGACCUUCGGGGAACUGCUUGCCAACUUUCCCAUGAUUGCGCGGCAAAUGCAGCCAGGGCUGGAAAGGUUGUUCAAGGAAUUUGGAAAGGAACUCGGGAAACCGUUACCUCCGCCGCCGUCGCGGUCGCCAAUGCUAGAUGAUGGCGAAUCUAAUCGUUUACGCGAGGAUUCGAUUGCCGAUGAGAACGGGUCCGUCAAAAGCUCGUCAUCCCGCCGCAGCAGAGGCCUCCCUUUCAAUUCCGAAGAGUACUUUGAAGACGACGAAGACUUGAUGCGGCGUAGUCUGGAGACAGCUGUCACCGCUGCAAUUGAUCUCUUCCGACUAGUUGACCAGCAACAGCUGUCUCUCCUUGGAGCGACAACUGACCUAACGGGACCAGUUGUCGAGCGUUACAUUGAGCGCUAUGUCGCGGAGCAGGUCCACGAGUCACUUCUAUUCCCUCGAUUAUGCAGUUUCCGCCAGCCUGAAGACGUCGAGCUAGAUUCCAGAAUUCGUCAAAUGGAGUAUGUUGACGUGUCUCAGGUUGGCCUCACAGUGGAAGGCGGGCGAGACGGUAAACGCGAGCUCUUACUGCGGCUUGGCAGGGCAGUGGAGGAAUUUCGCAAGAUGCUCGAUGCGAAAUGCCCCCAUGAUAUGCUCAACACGCUCCUAGGGACAGUCAAGGUUCUCUCAUACCCAGGUGAAUACAGCAAGAGUGACGAAAAGCAGUCAGCUCCUGUAACGAUCAACGCCGAUAUCUUGGUUUCCUUGUUGCUGAUUGUUGUGAUACGAUCCCAAGUGAAGAACUUACAAGCUCGAUUGCUGUAUAUGCAACACUUUAUCUACGUCGACGACGUAGACAGCGGCGAGAUGGGAUACGCUUUGAGCACAUUUGAAGCCGUCCUCACAUAUUUGAUGGCUGACCCUGCGGGUCUUCGAAGAGCCAGUAUCCGGAAUAAACGCUUGUGGAAUGCUACCAAAUCCGGGCGGGUGGCUGAUAUGAAGGCUAUUCUGGAGCCAGAUGGUGACCAUGAAUCACUGUACGAGGCUACUGAUACUCCUGAUUCUUUCGGCCAAUCACUAGACAAGGCGCAACAUCGAACCCAUUUAUUGUUCGAGGACCAAAUACAAACUAGCGAGGAGCAAGAUUUGGGAAUCCUAUCGGAGGCGCCUCCUCUCUCUCACGUAUUUCCAUUUCAGAACUGGGAGAGGUCUCCACCUCGCGACACGAAGACCGUCGUUAAGCGAGUGUCGAUGGAUGUCCGGAGCCUCUCGGAGUCAUCAGGCAUUUCAUUCCUGUCACGGACCACCACUUUGAACUCCAUCAGCAGCGCUAUCGAAGGAGACAGCUCGAUCGAGACAUUGGUCAAGACGCAAGAUCCCCGUGGUGAUUCCAUAUUGAUGAUGGCGGUCGAAAGUCGCCGUGCUGAAGCUCUCAAGUACCUUCUUAGCCUGGACGAGUAUUAUUCGAUUACUGAUGUACUCGAGGAUACCAACACUGACGGGACUACCCUACUCAGCGCUGCCGUUCAGCUUGCUCAGACUGAGGUUGUCAACUUCAUACUCAACUACUUGACAGUCGCAGCUGACGAGCAUGCCAUUGCGUCUUACUUGCGUAAGUCUGAUGGGCGAGGGCGCACUGUUGCGCACUACCUUUUCAGCACACCGCCGGUAAUGCAAAGGCUUAAAGGGCUUCUUCCAUGGCGCCAGCGUGAUAAACUUGGACAGACGCCACUCUUUGCUCUAUGCAGGUCGUACGACCACCCUGACUACAAGGCAAUGGUGAACGAGGCCCUCACAGCAGCUCAGGAGUCUCAAGGAGAUGGCAAGCCUUUGCAUCUUGAUGAUCAUGUUGACUUGAAAGGCAAUACCUUGUUGCAUAUUGUCAGCGAUCCCGAGAUCACCAUCCGCAUCCUCAGAGAAAGUGACUGUGACCCAAAUGCCACAAAUGACAAGAAAUUCACGCCCUUGAUGAUGGCCAGUAAAUACGGCCGCGUUGAUCAAGUGCGAAUCCUCUUUUCAGACUCCAGGGUAGAUCUCCACGUCAAAGAGACCCGAGGCUUAACUGCUAUAGAGCUCGCCAAAGACGACGAAGUCCGCAACCGCAUUGACGAUCUGAUUCUCCUCUCCAACCCACCCUCAUCUCACGACGAGCCAUCCGGUCGCGUCACAACAGUGGUCCGCUCCUUCUUCGUUGAAGACGCAACAGUCCGCUUCGUCCUCAAGUCCGGCGCACCAACCCCAACAAUCGACGGCCAGGACGUACCAGCCAAUACAACAAUGUACACCGUGACGACCUGCCGUCGCACAUUUGCCGACUUCGAGACAUUGGCCGAAUGCCUCUCCCUCGAACACCCAGCUUCCUACAUGCCCUCGCUCACAGACUUCCGAAACCCCUUCCAAAUCCACUCCAAACCCUCCCGCGCUGUCCUUCACAACAUGCAAGAACGCCUCGACCGCUUCCUGAAGAUCCUCCUCUCCCACCCAACCUUCUCUACCCACGAGCUCCUCUGGGAAUUCAUUCUCGUCCCCGAACUUCAGCCGCAGAUGAUGGCCGACCGCUCGCACCGCAAAGCGCAGGCUCUCUCCGAAUCCAUCCUCGAGGACCACGACCCCAUAACACCAGAGGGGAUCCGCGAGGCGGAGAAGUUCAUCUCCCACGCGCAGGAUAUGGUCCGCGCCACACACACGCACACCCUAUCACUCCUACGCCGCGGACACGUCCUGCAAAACGCAACAUCCGACAUCGCCGAUGCCAUGGCCCUAGCCGCAGCCGCCCUCGCAACACUCAAAUUCCCCACCAACGCCCUCCCACCAUCCCACAUCGACGCCUUCACCCGCUACGCAAGCUACCUUUCAACCUCGACCUCUGACUCCUCCCCGCUCCUGCAAUUCCUGUCCACCCUCUCCUCAAUCGACACAACCACCACCGCAAUCACAUCUUCCCUCUCACGGCCCCUCUCUUUAAUAUCCUCCCUGAACUCCUCAACGCGCAACCUAAUCCGCUCCCGCAACGCCCUGGCCUCAUCAUCGCUACCUCGCAAAUUCAACCUGAAUUUCCCCGGUCUCGAGGAAUCGCGUAUGCGCUCGCUCCGCGAUCUGCAGGAGAAGAUCUCGAAUAGCGAGGACCAGAUCGCGAGACUCUCGCGCGAGAUCAGCUGGAAUAAGGACGUUGUUGUCGGCGAACUUGCUGGCUGGACGACUUGGCGGGAACAGAUAGGCCGUGAGGCGAUUCGGGCAUUUGUCAAGAGUACGCUUGUUAGGGAGAAGGAGCGGCGGAGAAGGCUCGAAAGGUGUCUGAGGAGUGUAAGGGAGGUUGAGUGA